CUCUCAGCAAACACCCCCAAAACAGACAUCCGCAGCUACCCACACCCUUCCUCCAUAACAGCAACCCCUCUUCAGUUCCGAACUCGCAACUGCUAUAGCUCUGUUCCCUCAUCUUUACCGGUUCUGAUCGCCACUUUCCGCUUCGCUCAACGACACGUUCAUUCCGCUCCGCGCAAAGCAGUCACUCACAAAAUGGACGUUGACGCCGACAACGGUUCCGUGUCCGUAAUAGACAACGACUCCGUAUCGGCCAUGGACAUUGACGACGACCAGCUUCCAGGUUCCGUCAGCAUGUCCACAGCAGCCAGCGACGAUGGCCAACAAGACGACGACGAGAAUGGCACCAAGAAGAAACCGGAACCCAUAAAAGUCGUCCGCUUAGCCCCCGCUGAGCUCGCACGGCGCAAAGCAGGCUUCGCAAAGGACUCGGAAGAGUUGCGGCGGCGGAAGGCCCGCGAUCAGCAGAAGCGUUACGCGUACCUUAUGGGCCAGACGGAGAUCUUUUCCCAUUUCAUCAACAUCUCUAAAAUGAAGGGGGCGGAUGUCACGGCGCUUGAGGAAGCUACCGAUGCCGAAAAGGCCAAGACAAACUCCAAGGAUGGGUCACGGAGGCAUCGGAAGACGGAAAAGGAGGAAGAUGAAGAACUGCUGCACGAUGAGAUGGAGGAAGAGGAGACGGCGACGUACACGUUUGAUGAUUCGCCUUCGUAUGUCAAGCAUGCGCCUAUGAGGGAUUACCAGGUCCAAGGGCUCAACUGGCUCAUAUCCCUGUUCGAAAACGGUAUCAACGGGAUCCUUGCCGACGAGAUGGGACUGGGAAAGACGCUGCAGUCCAUAUCGUUCCUCGGAUACCUCAAACACUACCAGUCGAUAGACGGGCCGCAUCUCGUCAUUGUGCCCAAGUCGACGCUGCAUAAUUGGGUGAAGGAGUUUGAGCGCUGGUGUCCGAGUCUGAACGUGUUUAUGUUCCACGGCAGCAAACCCGAUCGCCAGCACCUGGUUCAAGACAAACUCCUCGCGCAAGACUUUGAGGUGUGCGUCACGUCGUACGAGAUGUGUCUCCUCGAGAAAGCGGCAUUCAGGAAGCUGGCGUGGCAGUACAUCGUCAUCGACGAAGCCCACCGUAUCAAGAACGAGAACUCGGCCCUCUCUCAGAUCGUGCGCGAGUUCCAGUGCAGGAACAGGCUGCUACUCACCGGCACCCCGCUGCAGAACAACCUCCACGAGCUGUGGGCGCUGCUCAACUUCCUCCUUCCCGAUAUCUUCAGUUCCUCCGAGGAUUUUGACAAGUGGUUCGAAGCGCAAGGCGGCGACCAGAACAAGGUCGUCACGCAACUUCACAAAGUUCUUCGCCCAUUCCUCCUCCGUCGCAUCAAAGCCGACGUGGAAAAGUCGCUGCUGCCAAAGAAACGCCUCAACAUCUAUGUCGGCAUGUCCGUCAUGCAGCGCAAAUGGUAUCAACGUCUCCUGGAAAAAGAUAUCGACGCCGUCAACAACGCGCUAGGCGAAAAAUCGACCAAGGCCCGCGCGACUCGUUUACAGAACAUUGUCAUGCAGCUCCGUAAAUGCUGCAACCACCCAUACCUCUUUGACGGCGCCGAACCUGGGCCACCAUAUACCACCGACGAGCAUAUUGUCGAAAACGCCGGAAAGAUGGUCGUACUGGACAGGCUGCUCACGCGGUCCAAAGCCAGCGGAUCCCGCGUCCUGCUCUUCAGCCAGAUGAGCCGCAUGCUCGACAUUUUGGAAGACUACUGCAUCUUCCGCGGCUACGAGUACUGCCGUAUCGACGGAAACACCCCGCACGAGGACCGUGUAGCCAGCAUCGACGAGUACAACAAACCUGACAGCAGCAAAUUCAUCUUCCUGCUCACGACCCGGGCCGGUGGACUCGGCAUCAACCUCGCUACCGCCGACCACGUCGUCAUGUACGACAGCGACUGGAACCCGCAAGUCGAUCUACAGGCCGAGGACCGCGCGCACCGUAUCGGCCAGAAAAAGCAGGUCUAUAUCUUCCGCUUCAUCACUGAGAACGCCGUUGAGGAAAAAGUCAUCGACAGAGCUACUCAGAAGUUACGCCUUGAUCAGCUGGUUAUCCAGCAAGGCCGUGCUGCCCCGCAGACCAAAUCGGCGUCUAAGGACGAGCUGUUGUCGAUGAUCCAGCACGGCGCGCAGGAUAUCUUCAAGUCGACUGACAGUACUAUCAAGACUGGCGAAGAUAUCGAAGACCUGCUCCGCCGCUCGGAGCAGAAAACGGCUGAGCUCGACUCCAAAUAUGCCAACAUGGGCUUGGACGAUCUGCAAAAGUUCAGCGUGGCGGGUGGCGGCAGCGUGUACGAGUGGGAAGGCUCGGAUUUCCGCAACAACAACAACAAACCAGGCGGCGGCGGCGGUUUCGGGUGGAUCGGCCCCGCGAAAAGAGAACGCAAAUCGGUCCUACAGUCGUACUCCGAGCAGGAAUACUACAAGGGCAUGCUGCAAACCGGCGGCCGGACCUCUAAAGAAAAAGCUCCCAAACCUCCCAAGAUCGCCAAUAUCCAGGAUUUCCAGUUCUACCCCACCCGUCUUCGGGACCUCCAAGAACGCGAGAUCCUCGCCUUCCGCCGCGAAAUAAACUACAAAGUCCGCCCCGAUGACAUCGACGACGGCCCCACCACCUCCGAAGACGCCGACGAUGCGGCCAGCAACAUCGACCUCGUCGUCCGCGUCGCAGAGGAACAAGCCCGCAUCGACGCCGCCACGCCCUUAACGCCCACCGAGAUCGCCGAAAAGGACCGUCUGCUCUCCAAAGGCUUUUCCGACUGGUCCAAACGCGAUUUCGUCUCCUUCUGCAAAGCCUGCGAGAAACACGGGCGGCACGACCUCGCCUCCAUCUCCGCCGAGAUCGAGGGAAAGACCCCCGCGGAAGUCAAAGCUUACUCGGAGGUGUUUUGGAAGCGGGUUAAGGAGCUGGCGGAUUGGGAGAAGGUGGUUGCGAAUAUUGAGAAGGGCGAGGCGAGGCUGAGGAAAGUGCAGGAGGUGCAGGAUAUUCUGACGACGAAAGUGAGGGGGGUGAGGCUGCCGUUGCAGCAGUUGAGGAUUGUGUAUUUGCAGAGCAAGGGGAAGAAUUAUACGGAGGAGGAGGAUCGGUUUUUGCUGGUGAUGCUCGAACGCUACGGCUACGGCUCCGACGAAGUCUACGACAAGAUCCUUUCCUCCAUCAAGACGUCGCCCCUCUUCCGCUUCGACUGGUUCAUCAAGUCGCGUACCGCCGUCGAAAUCCAGCGGAGGUGUACUACCCUUAUCAGUCUCGUUACCAAGGAGGUUGCCGCUGGUGCGGCCGGUGCGGGUGGGGGUGUGGCUGCGGGAGGCGAGGAGGAGGAGGAGAGGGAGGAAAGGAAGCGGAAGAGUACGGGCGGGAGGGAUAGUCCGAGGGCUGUUAAGAAGCGGAAGUAGGGGUGGGGGUGGUAGAAAGCUUGAUGGCGUAUGGUUUGGGAGACGGUCAUGCGUUGCAAGAUAGAAUAGGAAUAAGAUUAUGACUUCAGCGUACGGGGAUAGGUGUGUCGGCCUGUGAUGGAGUGUUAUGUACUUCUUGAAUGGGAGUGAUUUGCGAUAUGAAAACUGACACCAAGUCCACGAUCCAAACCUUGCUUGCCAACCAUCCUAAUUCAAAAAAAUCUC